AUGUGCAUGGGUUUUACACAGAAUGCACCAAUAUUGCCGGAACGCACGGUGUGGUCGGUGACUGGGAUAGCCGGACGUGCUGCUGACCUGCCCUGCUACCUGGACCCUCGUACACCUGGUGAUAAGCCCAAGUUAAUACUGUGGUACAAGGAGGCAGUUAGGAGCCCUUUGUUCAGCCACGACACCAGGGCGCCCCAGUUCGACGGGGACUUGGGCCAGGGUGAAGGGGUGUUGUCGGUGAGCAGGGGCGCGGCCACCCUCACCUACCAUAACAUUACCUCUAAACACGCCGGCAUCUACGAGUGUCGGGUGGAUUUCUACAAGUCUCCGGCACACUCGAAGUUCGUCAAUCUUACUGUUAUUGAACUGCCUCGAAGUGUUCAGAUCCUCGACGGUCAAACGGGAGCUGCCAAGAACGGUGUGUUAGGUCCUUAUUACACGGGCCAAGACAUUGAGAUUACCUGUAUCUCUUUAGACGGAUGGCCACUACCUAACCUGACCUGGUGGAAGAACAACCACAUAAUAGGGAACGGGCGGGACGUGACGGGUCCUGGCCAGGUGCAGAGUGACCUGGUGGUCGAGAAGGUGACCCGGGACUGGCAUAAUCAGACACUCACCUGUACAGCCUCCAACACACCUCUCGUCUCACCUGUCACCGUGUCCGUGGUGAUACAACUUUACUUGUUACCGAGGAGUGUGGAGAUCCGAGGUACAGGCGCCGUGAGGGAGGGAUCUCAGACCAUGUUAGUGUGUAUAGCUGAAGGUUCCCGACCCUCACCUCGCAUCACCUGGACAAUUAGGGGACGCACUCAUCACGCCCACAAGGACGAGGAGGAGGGCCUGGUGACUGUCUCGACCCUGUUGGUGAAUGUGAGUCGUGACGAUGACAACGGCUUGGUGACCUGUACAGCAGAGAACCCCGAGGUGCAAGGGUCUGCCAUCGCUAACACCACCUUCCUCACCGUCCACUAUCCUCCUUCGGUAUCGGUGUCUCUGGGACGAUCAAUCAACCCUCAGCUACUGAAGGAAGGAGCUGAUGUAUACUUCACCUGUACCGUCGACGCCAACCCCCCAGCCUCCGCCAUCACCUGGUACCAUGAGGGCACGGUACAGGUACAGAACAUGACCUCCGGGGUGAUUCUCUCCGGGGACUCGCUGGUGCUGCAGAAGGUUAGCAGGAUGAGGGCGGGGCAAUACAAGUGUUCAGCCUCUAACCCUCUGGCCACCGUCAUUAGUGCUCCCGUCCAUCUCAGGAUAAGGUAUAAACCUGAAUGUCUGACGUCACCAACCACAUACUUCAUCUACGACAAGCCAAUCAACGUGACGUGCACCGUGACGUCACACCCGCCGGUCAAAGCCGUCCAUUGGCAGUGGAAUAGCAGCAGUGACGUCAUCAAGACCCAGCAAGUCACCGAGCCUACUGAACGAGUCUCCACCCAGCUGACGGUGUUCCCUAUCGAGACAUACGAGGAUAGGUUGCUGUCGUGCUGGGCUGUCAACGAGAUGGGUAGACAGCCCCUCGCGUGCGGGUUCUCCAUCAAAGUGGCAGAGAUGCCGUUGCCGUUGUCUUCCUGUCGCCUGGCCAACAUCACCGCCUCUUCCCUCAGCCUCACCUGCCAGCGUCCCGAUACAGUCACAACGGGAACUACACUCUACAGGGCUGAGGUGUACUUCGACAACCGCACGCUGUUCGCCAACGUCACAUCGACGCGUCCUAACUUCAACGUGAGUCGGCUGGACGCUGGCACCAGUUACCAGAUCAAGGUGUACGUUACCCACGGCCCGGUGACCUCCCAACCCGUGGUGGUGUCGGCCUAUACCUCCAGAACCUCCAGGACCAACACAGAGAAGAAGCAGGAUGGUGAUGAAGACCAGCCCUCGGAGAAGCCUGCAGGAGGUGGUGGUAAUGCUGGUGGUCCUGGUACUGGGGUGGUGGCGGUACCUGACGGCGACGGUCGUGGCACUGGUACGGCCGUCGGUAGCAGCGGCGGCGGUGGCAGUACAGGUGGUACGGUUGGCGGCGCUGGUGGUAUGGGGGCGGUGAUGGGCGUGGCGGCGGUGAGUUUGGUAGCUCUUGUGGCUAUGGUGUGGGCGUGGCACUACUGCAGGAACAGCUGCUGCGCCGGCAAGAGGAAGGACGUCCGCCUCGCUUCAGCCGACGACACCAACAACCCCGACGUGGUCCCUAAUAUUGGUUCGUCCUUUUCUGGUAAACGAUCUUGUUCACCUCAGCGCUUCUGGCACAAAGAGAAGACCUUUGACGAGGCUGGUGGAGGAGCGGGGGCCAGUGGAGGGGCGGCGGCGUCCGAGCAAGCCAGCAACACAGUGGUGGACGUGGGCGGAGGCGUCCAGUCCACCUCAGGGGGCCAGAAAUCCACAGGUGGUGCUGAAGGCCAAAGCUCAACAGGGUGCUCGGGGGAGCUGAAGUCCCCCGGUGUGGUGAGUGGGCCGAGUCCUACGGGAAGUCAGCAGUCGACGGGCUGUAUGUCUGCUUCGAGUUCCACAGGGAGCCAGAGGACUACAGGCUGUGUUGGCAGUUCAAGUCCUUCAGGAAGCCAAAGAACUUCGGGCUGUAUCGGUAGCUCAAGUCCUUCAGGAAGUCAGAGGACUUCGGGCUGUGUGGGCAGUUCAAGUCCUUCUGGAAGCCAAAGAACUUCGGUGUGCGUGGGCAGUUCUAGUCCUUCUGGAAGCCAGAGGACCUCUGUCUGUGCGGGUACUUCAAGUCCUUCAGGAAGCCAGAGGACUACAGGAUGUGCAGGAGACGAAAGUCCUUCUACAGGCAGCCAAAAGACUACGGGUUAUGUGGGCGGCCAAAGUUUAGUGAAGGUGAAGAGUAGUGGAAGCCCCACGAGCAUCGCGGGGAUGCGGUCUUCUCUGGGUAGCAAAGUGACCCCCGAGGGUGUGGUUCAGGGUAGCACGGGCAGCCUCAGGAGCAGGGGCAGCCCUCUCAGCCACAGACCUACAGCUGCCGUAGUCUUCAGGAAUACUCAUGGUGGUGAUGUGGGAGCCAGGCAACGUCCCUUCAGCGCCGUGGGGGAUAUUGUGGUCAACCCUCUGCGUCAGUCCUUCCUGCCGACCGACGACGACUACCCCGAGGCGUGGAGCGAUGACCAGCUACGUUCCCCCAGAGACAGGCCCUCUUACCCGGACAUGGGGUCUAAACUAUCCCCCAGAGAGGAGGAGAAAUACCCUGGGGUCAGGUUUAGUCUUCCCCCCAGUGAGGAGUUGAGUUAUCCGGGGGGCCGAUCCUUCCACGGCGCCUCCAGAGAAGAGGGGCAUUAUCCGGGGAUGAGACCCAAGUACAAGCUCAGAGAAGCGGAGAGUUUCCCGGAUAUUCGUGUUCAUUAUAGCCCCAGAGAAGAGCGUAUUUAUACCGGAGCCCGACCGGAAUUUAGCCCCAGAGAGGAACGUAGUUAUCCGGGGGUACUAUCCGAGUACACCCCGAGGUUCGAACGCAGUUAUUCGGGGAUCCUACCUCACCAAAGCCCCAGAGAAGAACGGCGUCAGAGCCCUAGAGAUGACCAUCAGUAUUACCCAGGGACAACACGAAUGGGGUCUCAACACAGCCCCAGAGAUGACCCCAGUUACCCCGGAAUGCGACCUCAUCGUUAUAGCUACAUCGGCGUACGCGUCCAGCAGAACCCCAGAGAUCAACUGCGCCACAGCUACCCAGCAAUCCAGUCCUACCCUUCUAACCGAGGCAUGGGCACCUACCCCGGGGUGCGAUUGGCCCGUGGUGCUUCUCGGGGUAGCAGAGGAACUAUCAGGACGGACUCACAAGUUCCCGUCGACCAGCUGAUCAAGGCGACGGAGACGGUAGUGUGAGACAGCCGGCGGGAACCUGCUGUUAUUGAUGACUGUAUUGACCAGCUCCGCCUCCCCUCCUCUGCUUCCGUAACCGCGAGUGAUUGCCCCUCUGUGUUAUGAGUUACCAUUUCCAUUGUUUUAAAUAAAAGUUGAUAUAU